GUGGGCAUCUUAGCUUAAAAAUCGAACAGAAUAUUGAAUAAUAAUAAUAAUGUACGUGCUGCUGUUAAUCCUUCUAGGAAUCUCACGCUACAAGGCUCAGAAGAAUGUGCAAUUGACGGAUGGAUUUUACGCAGCCAUCGUGAGCAGCUUUUCGAACAGGAACAUUAUGUUCUCCACGGAGAUGAUACGAUCCAGCAUGCUGUUCAUCUACGUGGGCGUGGAGGAGGCGGAGUCCGAGCAGAUUCGAAAGGCUCUGCACUACCAAGGAACCCAUCUAUCUGACCACAAGCCGGAGGCACAGAAAAUCUUUGACAUGAGUGCGCAGACAGCGCCUGUGGCCAAGAGUCUAACCCGAUUUUUCGUACGUCAGAAUCUGAAGAUGUCCACGGAAUAUAGGGUUUUCAUGCGACACACAGAGGGUAGAGCUCGUAAUAUCGCCUUUAAUCGUGAAAAGCUGAACGAGGUGAAUACACUUUAUAGCCACGAAAUGGGCGAGCACAUUGGACAGGUGGUGAAGGAGAGCUGGUGGAAGCCGAACAGCCAAGCACUCCUCAUAAAUGCCAUCUACUUCAAUCUCAGUUGGGAGCACACUUUCAAUCCGGAGGCUACAUAUCCCCGCGAGUUUCGGGUGAAUGCCGCUAAGAAGGUUAUGAUACCCAUGAUGCACGAGGAUAGUAAGUUUGCAUUCGGCACCUUGGGGAAUCUUAAAGCCAGCGCCGUGCUCGUGCCCUUUUCCCAGGGAGAUCUCCAAAUGCUCCUGAUAAAGCCAGAUCAGCCCGAUGAACUCGCUCACCUGCAAGUGAAGCUGUCGGGCAUGGAUAUCGUUAGCGUUGCCAGGAAUCUAACCAUGAUGGAUGUCUUUGUGGGCAUACCGAAGUUCAGGCUACACAGCGAUCUGGAACUCACGCCAGCUCUGGAACAGAUGGGCAUCAAGGAUAUAUUCAAGCCGAGCAAGUCGUUCUCAACGUUGCUGCACAGAAACACCAACUUUCGCAUUGACGGCGUCAUCCAUGUAGUCAGCUUUGAGUUUCAGGAGCAGGGCAUUGGUGCGCCCAGUACUGAUGUUGGCAAUGGUAGUUUGACACACACCUUCAAUGGGGUGAAGUACUUCCUGGCUACUCAUCCAUUUGCUUUCUAUAUCAUAGACCACACAUCAGUAUUCUUUGCCGGUCAUGUGACAAGCUUUUAAAGGUACCCAAAAGUACCUAAGCAUUAAAGUAUCCAAAUUAUUUGUGAAUAAUACAUCGAUAGCUAAUGGGUCAGGUAAUUUGUGGGGAUAAAUUAUUGCAGAGCUGAGAUGUUUAUGAAUAAUAAAGUGAAUCGUUCAAGGUA